UGAAAAUCACCGAUAGCACGGUCUGCGUCUGCAGUUGUGAAGGAUCUCCUACUCCCACCUCCUGGAGUUAUUUUCGCACCUAUGCGAUUUGAAUUUGAGUACGGUGUUGUUCGAGAAAAAUUGAAAUUACUUGUUCAAGAAAAGAGAAAAGAGUAAAAAUGGUUGUCAACAAGAAUCGCACGGUCGUCCAAUUGUCGACGGCGGUUGUGUACCUCGGUUCAACUACUACUACUGCAUCUGGAGCCAGGCUGAUUCCAUCCUCGCUGGAGGAGCUAACGCAGCGCACCGGGCAGUUCCUCGGCGGGCAAACCGUUGCGGGGGCGAAGAGCGAUGAAGGUGGCAGUGCACCAGGGGCUUCGUCAUCGGCAAAAACUUCAGUGGUGAAGAGGGGAAAUUUGCGGGGAACGGGAUUGGCUGCUGCAGGCGCGGCGUCAGCUGCUGCGUCACCCACUUUGUCAACGGGUAUGUUGGUUUGGGUUUCGAAUUGAGAAUGUUUUUGUGCCGUUGUUUCUUCUAAGUACCCAUUCUGAUUCUUUCCUCUGGCUGUGUUUUCCUUUUCAUCUAGUCGUUGUCGUUCAUAAAACAUGAUUUAUGUAUGAAGUUGAUAAAAUCAUCAAUUCGUUUCAGAUACACCUGUGCAUCAAACGGAGGACCUCAACGUCAAGACUAAUUUGGCGUCAGCGGCGUCAUCAGGCCAUGCCUCAAGUUUUCUUUCCAUGAGCACCUCGACAUCAUCGACCGUGGAGAGUAAGAAAAGCACAGCGGAGCAGGCGAAGAAGGAAGCGUCUUCGACCUCGACGGCUACGACGCAGGUGAAAGCAGAUGGCGACAAGAAGCGUGAUGGGGACCACAAAGACAAGGAUGAAGGUGGUGACAAAGGCAAGGCAGGUGACAAAAAAGACAAAACGGAUGGUGAUGAGAAAAAAGAGGGUGGCGAGAACAGGGAUGAGGGAGACUCCACUCCCGCGCCCUCGGCCACCGAACCACCACCGCCGGCUGACGCGGAUCCGCUCGCUGCCUGCUGCGGUGGGGACGACCAGCCGGCGGUUACGACUCCCCCGACGGACACGGCAACCACCAGCCCCAAGCCGGACAGUUCCUCUUUCGUGCAGAAGGCAAAGGCAGAUGCAGAUGGCGAAGCUACGACGACCGCUCCGGCCUCGUCGGCGGAACAAACGGCGAGCGCAGACUCGUGCGGCGGCGCCUGCGACGGACUGCUGGGCGGCGGUGGAGAAGGAGCGGAGGCGACUUCCUCGGAAAGCGCGGCUACGACCGCAGCGCCGACGUCGUCGAGCGAAAAUGAAAAUGCCAGUGUAUCUUCCACCCCGGCUCCGAAGAGCACCAGUUUUCUGCAGCAAGGGAGGAGGAUGGAGGACCCCCAAGAUGCCCGGCCGGAGCCGCUCCCCACCACGCCCAGACCCGCAGGACCCAACCCGGAGUAUUCCACGCUGAUGCCCGAGGACCGCGCGAUGGGCAGCACGCUCGCGCCGCCCGAGACCACGCCCGAGCCCGGCUCCCUCGCGGGUUGCUGCGGUGGAAGCGGAAACGACGGGGAGGCGGCGUCCGUCACCACGACCGCGACACCGCCGUCACCAGACAAGGCGUCCCUCUCCACCACGUCGUUUGUCGAGCUGGGGACCACGGAGAAAGCAGCGGCAGGUGGAGGAAAACGAAAUGUGAAAAUCGCGGGUGACACAGACACCACCAUCGAGACUGCGCACGGGAGGACGGAAGACCAUCAUGCGCCGCUGGAGCAGGUAUCGUAAGGCAAAAUCCCCCCUCCCCAUAUCAAAAAGGUAUUUCUCAAAAAAUUUGUAAUGCUGAUGUGUGACCACAAAUCUUUUUGUCUUGCAAGAAGGCAACUCUACAGUCUCCGCAGCAUUAUGCGGGCGGUUUGUGAUGCUGCUCGGGCUACAGCAUAACCAUUUGCGACGCUAAGCGUCCACGUCAGAAGCCCUGUACUCAGGCACGGCAUAUGCCUGCAGUCCUGUACUGCAAGACAGCUCUGAUUUGUGUACGGAAAUCCAGCAUCAGAAAUUUCAUUUUGAUAUGGGGAGGGGGGAUUUUUCCUUUUGAUAGCAGGAGCCGAGCGGUUUCGCAUCGGCGCCGGCGACCUUUCUGCAGUUCGUGCAACACCUGUUCUUGUCGCCAGCUGAGCCGAAAGCCGACACGCACCACACCUCCGAACAAGAAAACACGGCACACACGGUAUGAUGAAUACUUUUGUCUUCAUCUGAUCAUGACCCUCAGGUUUUUUGAGCAUGCAAUGUCAAGAAUAGAACAACGAAUGAUUCAGGCAUGAUGUUGUGUCAACGCAUCCAAGAAAUUUUCGACUUUGACAUUCAAACUCUCACUCUACAGGCCUUCGAGGCGUUGCACAUCAUGUGAUUUGCUUUCGUUAUUCGGGGGAAUGGAGGAAGGUCAGAAAAAAAAACGUUAUCUCCAUGUACAAUACGGAAAUUAAACAAUUUGAAUCAAUUUGUCGUCGAGUGUCACAUUGGACCUGCAUUGAAUUUCCUGGAGACAGAGCCAGGGUUUGUACAAUCGAUUCUUGAAAAAUGAAAUAUCUGAAGCUUUUGACAGUACCACAGUUGAUGCAAAAAUAGAACAGCUGUAGUUAUCUUCUUCUUCACUAAUGUAAAUGAAUCUUAGAUUUAGCUAGCUACUAUCACCGCUUUAGCUUUUGAUGUAUGCUUUCCAAAAUUAAUGUUCUUGUCCUUUCUCAAUGUACCAAAGAUUCUUUUGUUAUCGUGUGUGACCAGCCAUCAGCUGCACGGACGCAGAAUUUUUGCAACUGAAACCGAAAUUCGUAGAAACGUCACAAGGCGGAAGAUUUGUACAUUGUAGCUCUCAGAGGAGCAAGGAAAAGGCAAGGCUGCUCAUGCAGAUACAGUCACAGAACCGGAAGGGACGCCAAAAAU